GGCAAUACAACUAAAUAAAGCCUGAUCAAUAAACUACAUAAAAGAAAUUACACUUGUGUAGAGUUAUGAAUAGAUAUUUGCUCAAUAUUUCCUACAUAGGCACGAAUUUUCGUGGAAUACAAAAAACUGUAAACAAAUUAGAGGAAGCACGUGUAGAUACUCACUCAAUACAAGGCUGCUUGGAGCUGGCAUUACGUGUGUUUCAUCCAAAAAACGAAAUACAAACGGUUCUUUCUAGUCGCACAGAUGCUGGAGUGCACGCCCUGCACUCCACGCUGCACGUCGACUUGGAACGCACUGAUGGCAAGCCCUAUGACACAACAAUACUAACUGGCGUGCUCAAUCGUACGCUAGACAAACAGAAUUUACCAAUUAGAGUGCUUAGUUGUCAGCGUGUGCAAGAUACAUUUCAUGCUAGAUAUCACGCAAUUGGACGCACAUAUUUGUAUCGAUUUGCGGUGUCCAGGACAACGCCGGAGCUAGACAAGAAAGGCAGCUUAAGAAACAAAGGAUACGAAGCUUUUUUGCCCGUGGAGGAGAUCGAUCGUUGCUAUUUUUUGCAAGGUAACAACUUCGAUAUAGAACGCUUAACUGCAGCUUCUCGAAAGUUUAUUGGCGUACACGACUUUCGCACUUUUAUGAGCGUUACCCGACAAAAGAGUCCUAGCCGUGAUCAUCCCAUGUUCACAGUGCGCAAAAUUGAUGAAAUCAACAUACGUCCCGGGAAAAGUCUUGCCCUAGGUCCGAACGCAGAAACAGCGGAGCAAAACUAUAACUACUGGGAUAUAGAAGUCAAGGCUAAAUCAUUUCUAUAUAAACAAGUGCGACGCAUUGUAGGCACAUUGCUGGCGAUUGCCAACGCGCGCAUUGACGAGCGUUGCAUUUAUCAGAUGCUAACGAUACCCUCGAAACACAACUGGGAUCAUCGCAUACAAAUCGCUCCUGCCUGUGGACUUUAUCUGUGCCGUGUACAUUACAGAAACGACGCAUUCGUGAUUCCAGACGAGUCUAGUCCAUAAACAUGAUACUGCUGUAUGAGCUC